UCCCAGGCAUGCGCAGUCUCACAAGCGGUGGUGACUGUCGGCAUGAUGGCGUCCUCGGCCGUUCGCAGCUCCUCACGCUGGAUUGCAGUCAUCGUGUCCUCUGGACCUCGAAGAGCUGCCGGUUUCGUUCUGUCUUCUGACCAUGGAAACCUCCGGAGUUUUUCUACUGUGGGAGCCGAGAAGUUGUGGCGUGGGGGCAGCUUGUUUUGCGGUGGAGCAGGAAAAGCGUUGACAUUGAGAGGGCUGUCAGGUCUGAAGUCGCCCCAUGCUCUCUACACGCUGUCCUUCCACACAAGCGCCUCUUCUAGCAGCAAGCAGGAUUUCUAUCAGAUUCUUGGAGUCCCUCGCACCGCAUCCCAAAAGGAGAUCAAGAAAGCCUACUACCAGAUGGCCAAAAAGUACCACCCAGACACAAACAAAGACGACCCGCAAGCAAAAGAAAAAUUUGCACAGUUGGCUGAAGCAUACGAGGUGCUUAGUGACGAAGGGAAGCGGAAGCAGUACGACACGUACGGGAUGGCGGGUCAGGCCGGAGGACAGCAGCAGUACUGGAGUGGACAGGCCAGCCAUGUGGACCCGGAGGAGCUUUUCCGCAAAAUCUUUGGCGAAUUCUCGGGAGGCCGUGGCUUCGGAGACUUCAACGCCAUAUUUGAUCAGCCACAGGAGUACAUCAUGGAGCUGACGUUCACCCAGGCAGCAAAGGGAGUGAAUAAGGAGAUGUCUGUUAACAUAGAGGCAACCUGCCAGCGCUGCGAUGGGAAAGGCCAUGAGCCGGGGACUAAGGUUCAGCACUGCCACCACUGUAACGGCUCCGGCAUGGAAACGAUAAACACAGGACCGUUUGUGAUGCGUUCUACAUGCCGGCGCUGCGGGGGGAAAGGGACAGUUAUUUCAACUCCCUGUAACACCUGCCGUGGAUCUGGACAAACCAAGCAGAGGAAGACUGUGGUUGUUCCUGUCCCUGCAGGAGUGGAGGAUGGUCAGACGGUCAGAAUGCCAGUCGGAAAGAAGGAAAUCUUCAUUACAUUUCGGGUCCAAAAGAGUCCUGUGUUCAGGAGGGAAGGUGCAGACAUUCACUCUGAUCUUUACGUCUCUGUGGCUCAAGCCAUUCUGGGAGGCACAGCAAGAGCACAAGGACUUUAUGAAACGCUUAAUUUGUCAAUCCCUGCAGGUGUCCAAACUGACCAGAGGAUCCGUCUGUCAGGGAAAGGAAUUGCUCGCGUCAGUGGCUAUGGCUUUGGAGAUCACUACAUCCACGUCAAAGUCAAAAUACCAAAGACUUUGACAGAUAGACAGAAAUCUCUUUUAACGAGCUUCGCUGAGGAUGAGACCGAUGUAGAAGGGACGGUGAAUGGAGUCACCAACACCAGCACAGGUAAGAGAUCCUCCUGGAACUAAGCCCGACUUAGAAAAGAGGACUGCACAAAGCAAGGACAGUAUAAAUGUAAAGAGGGUCAGAAGACUGAGAGACUUGGAGUGUUGGUUUAUUGUUUUGGAUGGAUGACCAAGAAGCUUUCCACCCAGUCCUGUAGUGAAAAAUCCUGAGGAUCAUCUUCUCUGCUCCCCUGCUGACGUGGAUCUGCGGAUGUGCCAGUCUGCCAACGACACCACGCACCACACUGCAGAGUGUGUCUUAGUACUCAGUGCAUGCUGGUCAUCUGUUUACCAAAAUGCAAAUCUAAAGGCAAAUACCAUUUAAGUAAUAAAUUAUUGUAGUAAAAAACUACAAAAACAGUUACGUCUGUUUAGGAUUAAAUCCUGCUAACUCACUACAAUGUGACCCUUGUCUUUUUAUUUUUACACUUCUUUACUCAGCUCUGACAGUUGAACGUCUGCUUACAGCUUCAGAUUAAGCAGGAAGGUCUUAUACGUUGGAUAAUUUGACACACGAGCUUUCCUGAACUGUAAACUGUCAAUUAUUUUUAGUUUUGAACAGUUCUAAAAUUCUAUGUAACAGUAGUAAAACAGGAAUUCAACCAUGUAUUAUUUCUAAACUAUAUUCUGUAUAGUUUUAAAUAUAUGGGCUGGUUUUAAAAAUAAAACCUCCUCUGUUUUA